AUGCCAAAGGUCGAAUCUUCUCUUUAUAAAGGGGGCAUUCUGGCCAUAUCACAAUCAUGUAAAUAUAACAAAAUUAAUAGAGGAAUUAGAAGUAAACGAGAUUUAACUACGAAUAAUAAUAAUACGAAAAUAAAGAGAAAGAUAUACAAAAAAUUAGUGAGAGUACAAUUAUUAUCUAAUAACACCCUUAAUAACGAUGAUGUUAUUAAUGUAAAUGUUGAAACAACUACUAAACGUCGACGGCGUAGAAUAAAAAUAAAGAAGAAGAAAAGAAAAUUGAAUAACCCCGAUCAAAAAACAAACGAAUAUUUACCACAAAUUGUGAAAUCUAGAAAAAGAAUUGUGGUUACUAAAAAAAGAUUAAUAAAUAGAACUCAAUACACGUCAGUUGAAUCGGGGGAAAAAACAAAUACGAUUCCUAUUAGUAGUACUAUCGUGAAUCCUGAUUAUAACGGGAUCGAUUAUUCAGAUUACGAUAACGAUAUUUCAAAAGAAAAUCACGACGAAUACGAUAUUGAUAUAGAUAACGAUUAUGAUGAAACAACUACGCAAUUCCAAGAACUAGUCACAUUAAAAGAAUCCGACUUUUUCCAUGGAAAUGAAGAUGAACUUUAUAACGAACAAGAUGAUUUAACAACGGAACCGUAUUUACCCGAAGAUCGUGUAGUAUUACAUGAGGAAGAUGAAAAUGUAUCAAAUAAUAUUGAUGAAAAUAUUUAUACAACAACUGAAAGCGAUCAAAUUGAAAUAACGACCGAAGAAGUUGAUAAAUACGUUACAUCUAAUGCGAAUAAUUUAGAAGAAAUAAAAAACAACAUAUCCAAAUCUUCGAUAUAUGCUUAUAAUGAAGAAAUCGCUGAUAAACCAACCUUCCAAGACAUACCUGAGUACGAGCCUUAUUUUCCCGAACUGACUGAAUCUCUAGAUGCUCCUAUAAUUCUCUUUAAAACAACUGUUCUAUCUUCUGUCGACCUUUUAACUAAAACUGUUGUACAAAGUAGAUUAAGAACAUACACAUUCGUUGUAACUACCAUAGCUGGAGACGAGCAAAUUAUUACAUCGACUACUGAAGUUAGACCACAUACGAAAACAACUGUUAUCACAGAACCUGUUACCAAAUUGACGACUCUGACUCUCUUAGAUAUAGACGCGACGACUACUUUAUCCAGCCCACAACAAACUAUAUCUCCUGUUGUUUUGGAUAACAUUCGAUCUCUUCAAGAUAAAAAAAUCCAGAAUUUUGACGAAGCCAGGAAUCUUGCCACGAGGAUCAUGUCCAAUGGUGUAGAAGUAAUUGUAGCUGGAGAUAAAACUAUUCCUGGCGAAAAGGAUUUCAAAAGAUUUCUCACCUCGGGUACAUACAAACCCAUAACGUUAAAACCAAGUACUUUAACUGAAAACGUGGUUAUGCUGAUACCUCAAGAUACAUCAAAAGUAAACGGUUUAUCAACGACAAUGUACCCGAAUCAAUUUAUAACUAAAACAUGCUUAACGACAUUCACGUAUCUGACUACUUUCUUGGAAGGCAGCACAACUACAGUAUCCAGCCACGAACAAGUCGUUUCGAAUAUAGCUACAGAAGAAAGGAAUACUGGAAAAAUUUUGCCGACCCCAGCGAUGGGAGUUACCGUCACACAGAAUCCCAAAUUGUCCGUAGGAGUAUUCCAUACCACAUACACUUAUCUGAAUACAAUUCUUGACGGGGAUCAGCCCUUAGUGGUGUCUUCGAAACAUACAGUAACUAAUACAGUUACAGCUCCAGAUGAUUAUCUUUCACUUUUAAAAAAAGUACACAGUACGGAAUCCGCGAUGAAAGAUACGAAUACUUAUUAUAGCACGAUUGGUCUAGAAAAAACAUCGUACGAAGGCAACAAAACUUCAGUAAUAAGAACAAACGAAGUGGUAACACAAGUCGUUAUAACUGAAAGUGUUCCACCAAGAGCCACUUCUGUAAUGACAUCUUACAUUGCACUUGAUAAGAACAAUUUAGAUUCCGCGUAUAUAACUACAGAUGUAGUCAAGACAUACCUCGUGACUUAUACGUACUACAAUACUGUACAAAAAGAUAAUUCGCCUGUAGUUUAUACAAACACAUCUGUCUCUACUGAUAUAGUUACAGAAAAAUUAUAUCUCAGUCCAAAAACUACGAGCAAUUACGAUAUACAAAGUAAUAAUCACCAAGUGAAUAACUUUCAAAUAUUCACCACUAAAUCUUAUUUAACAACUUUUACAUAUUUCACAACUUUGUUACAAGAAGAAAAUGAAGCGACGAUCGUUAAUUCUGAAACAAGUGUCGUUGAAAACGUAAUAUCCGAAACAAUCGAUUUAAGUUUGUUGGAUAAAUCAAAUUUGUAUCAAAUUAAAAAUGCAAUCGAAGACGGUAUUAACACUAUAGUGAAAACUAUAACUUUAUACAACGGAGAAACUUUCGAAAUCACAGCUAUAGCUAAUAAUCCUGAAGACCAAAUUAACCCUACGAAAGUGAUGCCUAUCGAAAAAACCCACAUGCCAGAUACUUUAAAAAUGAUCAAAGAAGAUAAUAAUGUUCCAGAUAAAUCUACUUCAAAUAUUAUCACCGGUUCUACAAUUGUUUUCGUAGACGACGAUCCCUUUGCUCAAUUUAAUCCCACACCAGUAUUAAAAAAAACAACAGAUAUCAAAACUUCUUCACAAACGAUUAAAUCUUCAAAAGGUGUACAGAAAAGUAAAAGAUCCACAAAAAGUAAAACUAAAUCUCAAACUCCUACUAUUAUACCUACCAAAACGAAGAAAAAUAAUGUGGACUCACUAAAAACGAAACCACAAGUUGAUAAUAAAAUUAAAGAUAUUAAACCACCAAAAAAUGAUUUACUAGGAUUGGGUUCUAUAAAUAUAGAUAGUCUUCAAGCUAUUGCACCCCUUCUUAAUUCUAUGGCAGGAUUUCUUACGACUAAUCUAAAAUCAAACAGAAGAAAUGAUAUAAACAUUACUGCUAACACAAAAAAAGAUAAUCUAGAUGCAACUAAAAAAGUUAUUAACAAAAACACUAAUCAAAUAAGUGAAAAUAAAGACCCAGUUCAUUUGGUAGAUGUACAAAAUAGAUCUCCUAUUUAUAUUCCAGUUAGAGGUUUAGGGGAUGAUUUUGAAAUAGCCGAAAGUCAAAAUAUCGCUAGUUUCGACUGGGUAGAUCCACCUCCAAAUAAAAAAACUCCCGAAAUACACGGAAGUUCUUUAAUGACUCACGGAAUACCAAUAUCUCCCGGUGAAAUAAUCACCACUAACUCCGAUGUAAUCGUUGGAAAACCCGGAAGGGUGGGUCCGAGAAUACCCCCCAUACCUCUCACAAAUACAAUCGGCGAAAAUGACAUAACGGUCGAACUACAACCCCCACCUAUGCAUGAAAAUAUUUGGCAUAAGAAAAAUCACGAAUACAAGAGAAUUCCGAUAACUAAUAACUUUGAAAAACCUCAUCAGUACCACCAUCAAGAAGAAUAUUUAAAGCCGCCGCCUCCAAUACAAAAUUCGGAAUAUAUUAUACCGAUAAAGGGUAAUGAGAUAUCGAAAAAUGUUCAAAAUUAUGUUAAAAAUGAGAAAAAAUAUGAACCUGUUCGUUAUCAACAUCAAGAACAACACGCAAGUAACAACCGGUUAGUACAUGCUUAUAACAUUAAUCAGGAAGCAACUUUUAAUAAAGUCAUAAAAAAUAAUGUUCCAGAACGUUCAAAUAACCAUGAGUAUCUACCACAUAAUCAUCACGAUAUUCCGUUCCGUCUACAAGAAGAAAUAUUGAGAGGAACUAAAUUAAACAACAUCAAUAUAAAACCAUCCGUAAUCAAUAAUGAGCCUAUAAUGUUACCAGAAGUUAUCGAAAGAUCCACUGGACAACCACUUCUAGUCAACAUACAACCAAGUCAAAUUGCUUUUGUUAAUAUACCAUACAACAGAACAACAGCUUUAAUUUAUGGCGGAUCUACUGAACCUCACAAAAACGGUCAAUAUUUCAAUGAUCCAUCUCCGUAUCCUCUACAAGAUUAUUCGAUAGCGGAUGGUAAAGAUCGUCCUUACAUAUCACCUUCAGUUUAUCAACCAGAUUUACCAAAUCAAAAACGAGUUAAUGGGGUAAUCAAAGUAGAAAAUCAAUUAAUUAGACACGAUUCAAUAGGUAGUAAUAAUCAAAAUAUUCAUAUAAAACCUACUAAGAUCGGAAAUUUUAAUGUACGCGAAAAUCAAGAGGUUAGUAUACCUCCUGUAUCAUUUGGUGUUAUACACAGCGGAAUUGAUUUCGACGCUCAUGUUAUAAAUCAUGAAAAUACAUUUCCGAAUCUUAUCAAAAAACCGUAUGAUGAUUUAAGUGAGAAUCAGAAUGAUAAAAAUAAGUUUAAUAUUGCCAGAAAACCUGCUCUCACUUAUCCUAGACCUGUUUAUAAUCAAGAAGGUAUUGUUGAUAAUUCGAUCAAACUAUCGACUAGUAUUCAGGAUCAUAAAUAUCAAACACCUUCAAAAAUAUAUAAUAAUAUACCAAGACCACAUCAAUAUGGUUCGAAGAAUCAAAAAACCGACAUUUCUGAGAUUAUGUUACCUCCUACAACGCAAAAAAUACAAAUAAAUAAUUUGUUUAAUCAAAAUUCUUAUAAACUUCCGGAGAAUUUUAAACCUUCUUAUCCAAUACUCGAAGUGCAUGUACCACCAAUUAAUAAUCACCAACAAAUAAAAGCACCACAUGAAUAUGAUAAUUAUGAUAAUCAUAAAGUUGAUGAUUUGGAAAAUGAAGAUGACGAAGUUAUUGAAGAAUCCAAUACUAGACCACUACGUCCUGGUGAACUACCCUAUGAAAUUGUUAAAUUACAAGCUACAACUACGAAAAGAAUUCCUAUUUUUCGAGAAACAAAACCAAAAUUUGAUGAAAAUACGUCAAAAAUAACAAAAUUAAAUUACGAAAAUAAAACUUCAUAUGAGAAUAUUACUGCCAAACAAAAAUUAACUACUGAAAAAAUACUUUUUCCCGAUUUUGAUAGAAUUAACCUUCAUGGUGUUGGUUCGCAUGAAAUCGUCUCACCAUAUAAACCAGAAAAGAAACCAGUGCUUAUAUUUAUAAAUGAAAAAGAAGAAUCGAAACAUAAAUUCUUUAAUAAAGAUAAUGGAGAUAAUAGAGAUCGACCUUCUGUAACUUCUCUACCUAUAAAUACUUUUAAAGAAAGUUAUAAUCAUACUACCGUUACUUCGAGACCGAUUAAUGAAUUUACUGAAAAUAAUCGACCUAAGGUAACUUCUCUACCGAUUGGUAAAUUCAAUGAAAAUGUUUUUCAAAAUAAUCCCACUACUACAUCGAAAUCAAUCAAUAUAUUUAAAAAAAAUCGACCAGAAAUAACAUCAUUACCAAUAAAUAUAUUUAAAGAAUACAAUUCGCAAUAUUCUACUACAUCAAAUCCUGUUAGUACUUAUAAACAAGAAACUAGACCUACAGUUUACAAUCCUCGACCUUCAGUAACAUCUUUACCUAUAGAUAAAGUUAAAUUAUUUAACAACAGAAACAGACCACCGAUAAUAUCGAUGGCUAGUACAAACAAUAAAAAUCGUGGGACUCAAACUGAAAAACCAUUCUCUGGGUUACCUUCUAAAACAAUUUCGUUCAAUGAAAUAAUUAAAAAAGAAGCGAUAGUACCUAAAAAUACGAUCUAUAAACGUCCAACAAGAAGACCGUUCACUAGUAAACCAACACAAACAUCCAUCGCCGUAGAUCAUAAAACAACCGUCAGACCAUUAACUGACAUGGAAAUAUUGAAACCACCGCCAUUAAUUCCCGAAUAUUUUAAUAAUUCUACCAGUACGAAACCUCAAGAACCAGUGCCAAAAAUAUCGGUAGUAAUGGUACCUCCACCACUUCAAACUGAUGAAGAUGUAUUCGGUAUGAUUCCUCCUCCUUUGACAUCUUUUAAUUCACAACAACCGAUUACCUCUACAUCGAAAUAUUCUAUGGAAAAAGAUGUUUCUAGUAAUAAAACGGCAUCUACUACAACUGAGGUAUAUAAAUUAUUAACCCUCGAACAUCCUACAAGAAAAUCGAAUUAUAAAACUUCAAUAACUACGACUAAAAGAAGACGACCUGUUUAUACAGGUUAUACUUCUACGUCUACUUCAAAUAUUAUUAAACAAUCACCUAAAACCACACCGAAAACUAUAAUUAGUCCAACUGUAACUAAUAAAGAUGUUAAUGUUAACAUAAAUACAAAUUAUUCUUCAUCUACUACAACAAUAUCUUCAUCAGAACAACCAUCAACUAGUGAAGAAAAUCGGAAUAUAAUUCAUAGUUUAGAUAAUAGUACGAUUAGUUUAAAUGAAGGAACGAAUAUUAAAUUUGAUGUAAUAACAUCAGAAAUUCAUAAUACCGGAAACGAUAUCAAAUUAGAAUCUACAACACCGCUUCCUUCUACGAUAAAAACAAUCUACAAUGAAACUAGAAGUAAAAUAACAGUACCUACUAGAUAUAUUACUCAUACUAAAACAGCUACUGUGACUAUAACAAAAACUACUGUUGUAAAAUCACUCGGUAUGACUCCUUCAACUUUAACAAUAUUAGUAACUGAAACCGAAAAAACAACUAUAAUCGAUACAGUAACAGAAGUUCAUACUCUAGUAAAACCGACUAAUAUAAUAGAAACUGUAACGACUACUAUUAAACAAGCUAGUUCUUUAUACCCUUACGAUAUAUAUGGUAGUCAGUAUCCCCCUAUUAAAGUUAAACCUACUAUUUCAUCACCGAUUUUCAAUAACACGGUUACAGAAGAAAAUUCCGAGGAAAAUCUUGAGGAUUUCAUAAUUCAUGAAACGGAUCCGCCCAUCACCAAAGAUGAUAACCGAAAUCGUAUACCAGCUGAAGAGAACGAAUCGAUUUUGGUUGUAAUGACGGAUAAGAACACGAAAAAUAUCGUUAAAGUACCAAGUUAUGAGACACAAGAAAGAGACGAGAUGAUUACGACAAAUAGAGAUAACAAUAUUUUUUUGAGCGGGAUAUUGAUCGAUCACCAGGAAGAUAAGAAAGAGGAAGUACUCGAAGGGUGCGAGAUUGAGUGUAAGGCUUCGAGAAACGAAUUAUGUCAGAAGAUAAAUGGUGUUUCGAGAUGUACGUGUAGACCCGGAUUUGCUAGAAUGUUUCCGGAUAGACCUUGUUUGCCGACCUACACGUAUGACGUCCAGGUAACUUUAGGACGAAUUGGAAAAGACCAUCUCCACUUCUAUGAUGACUUGAAGGAUCCAAAUUCCACAGAACACUACAAAUUUGUUCAAGCUACUAACGAAGCUUUGGACAGGAUGGUAAUGCAAUCUGAUCUGAGAGAUAUCUCUCACGGUAUUAAAGUUCACGCAUUCGAACCUGCCGACGAAGGAAUCGUAAGCAAAUUUUAUCUACAACUUUCCGAAAAUGUAGAACAAAAUCGUUUAGAAGAUAUAUUCAAGAAGUAUCUCUUGAACAACAGCUUGAGUUUAGGCGGUACCGACAUUUUCGCCAGCCCUAGAAUCGAGCUAGAAGCUAAUGACUUUAACGAGUGUUCAAAUACAAAUUUCCACGACUGUUCAGAAAACGCACACUGUUUUAACCUGAAAGGAACGUACUCUUGUAGUUGUAAGGAAGGUUAUUCGGAUUUGUCGGAAAAUAUGCUAUAUCCUGGAAGAAUAUGUUCAGCGGAUCAAGUGGGUUGUGAAACAUGUAACUAUCAUGGUACUUGUUACACCGCAGGAGCUGAAGAUACAUUCUGCGAUUGCUUCCAAUGGUAUACUGGACAAUAUUGUCAUAUUAAUCUCAAAGUUAUAUUGAUAGCUUUAGUAACACUUGGUACAUUAUUAUUGGGAUUAUUACUAACUUGCAUUAUACUUACAUGCGUGAGAGGUAGACAUGUUGAAGUUCCUGGUGGAAUCAAUUUCUUACCUCAGGGUAAUUCCGGUAGGAGAAAUACCCUUGAUAGAAGAGCUAUGAUCCAAGAUACGAGUUCAGAAGAGGAUAAUAAAUCGGAUACGUCGCGAUAUGUGAAAAAACAGAAGGCUGCUCCCCAAAGGAAAAUAUCGAAAGUUUCCUUAAAGGUAGCCGAACGCAUCGAACCCACAACUACGAAUCAUAACAUCACAUCCGCCGAACAAAAAGAUAGAUCUUUAACGGUGAUGAUUCCUCGAGCAAAGUACCAUCCAGCUCCGCCGACAUCUCCAUUAUCAAAUUAUACCAGUUUCGAUGUACGUAAACCUUCAGUUCCCUCGAUUACUAAUGAAGCAAAACUUCUGAGCUUAUUAGACGCCGGACCUUCUCCAAAUCAGUCGGAGCGUAUCCAGCAAUUCAGUAACGUUCCCAGUGAAUUACUCAGCGAAGAUAAAACAAACUCCAGAAAAACUUCAGGAGCACUAAUUUCAGCUGGUUUUGAAGUUUCAGCAACAGUUGUCAAUAAUAUGGGUACUUUAGGUACAACUUGCGGUACAGAAGCUGAUAGAAGCGAAAAUGCUACACUUAUUCAAAAAAUUAGUGCAGAUUUAUUAUCCAGUACUGGUACGAGAUCACAAUUCAACACGUUGAGACAAUCAUUAAUUGAUGAAGAUGUAAAAAGUGAAGGGAAUAUGGACGCUGGUUCAACCUGGUUACCUAGAGUAAUGACGAUAUCUGAAACAUUAUCUUAUGAUGAAACAACAACUCCAACGCCUAUGAAGCGUCUUCAAACUGAUUUCGACUCAAAGCCGUCUUCUCAGCAUCCAAAUGACGAAGCGAAUACUAUGGCGGAACGAGACUUGGGAUCAACUUUUUUACUUCCUCAUACUCAUCUAUAUAAAGCUGAGAGGGGAAGUGAUAUUUCAGGAUUCGAAUCCCUUUAGCAAAACUCCCAGGAAAAGGGAAUGUUGUUAUAAUGAUUUCGUAGCUGAAAAAUGUGCCUUAUAAAUGUCCCGUCUGUGCCUGUGGUAUUAUAUUAUUUAUUUAUGAACUUUUUCACAUUAUUAUAACAAUUUUCAUAAAUAUUUUCGUAUUGUAUAAAAUAUAUUUUUAUAUAAUUUUUAUUUUAGCCAUAAUUAUUGUGUGUGUGUGUGUGUGUGUGGAAAUUUUUUUAUUUGAAAAGUACUGGACUGUAAUUAUAUUUAAAGUGCAUCAUUUUUUUUUUGGAAAAGUGAGGAGUUGUAAAAACUAAAUUAGGAAAUAUUAUAAAUAAACCCGAUAAAAAAUAACAUGAAAUUCUAAUAUUCCAGUAAGUUUCGUUUUUAAACGACAUCGUAUCCAAUUGCAUCUAAACUGGUUCUUAUCAAAUUGAAAACUUUCAACUUUUUCUAUCAAUUAAAUACGAUCCUCCAAAGUGAAAAGCAAAAGGAAGCAGCGAAAGAACAAGGUUCCCACUCUCCCCUCAUCUAUAGUUUUGAGUUUGAGUAUUUUUUCUUUAGUAGCAGCGUUGCCUCAAAGAACAAUAAAUGUCUACAAUGGUGAAAACUCGUUUUUGUCAGUUUUGGCCUCAACGAAAACUGAUUUUCUGUCUCUCACAUGUUUAACUAACAUAUUUACCAAUUUUUACCACCAAAUACACCAAAUAAUAAUAUGACCUUGUUCCUUAACACGUUGAGUUCCGGUGUGGUCCAUAACUACACGUUCCCUACUGGCCAGAGCGCUCCAAUGGACUGCACGACAUAUUUUAUUUCGAACCUUCUCCACGGCCCUAGAGACCAUAUUUAAAUGGUGCUGGGUCCUUGAAACAUUAACUCAAACUUGAUUCUUUUGUUUUUUCAUUUAUUUUUUUACUUUACCCUUCACAACCUCUUCUUAUUUUGUAACUUGAACCUUCACUACGCAAUAGGUUUUGGCGUCCCUUAAUCAGCAACAGCCGUAGUUUCUUGCAUCAGUAACUUCUUUGCUACAUUGAUUUCAGAAUCAGUAAUUGCUAUAUUUUCUUUUUUAUCAUUCUUUUAUAAAGUAUGAUAAAGGCAUAGCAAUUUUCCUAUUCCCUUUCAACGUCCUUCUCAAAGAAAUUAUAGUCGACCACGGCUUAAGGCUUUACAACCAUUCCCGAUCAUGUUUCAAUGCUUAUUGUCCCAUCACCAUUUUUUGUAGGAAGCAUCAUUAUCCUGCCAUUUUAAUAUUAUUUUUCCUUUAUCGUUUUCUUUGCUAGUAAUUUCAUUUCUUCAUCUUCUAUUGUACAGUGUCUACGGGUAGUCCUAUUUUUUCGCAAUGUCCCCAAUAAAUGGGCUCCAAACUCUAAACGAACCUUCAGUUACACGGCUUUGUAAAAAUUUCUAUAUUCGAGUUUAAUGCCGAGCCCCAGAGUUGUACUUCAUAUCACCAGAUUGGUUUGAGAAUACCUUUGUAAAUCAAGACCUUGUUCUCAAAAGAUAGCUUGGAGUUUCGUCGAUAAUCCAGUAGAAUUCAUGCAGCUUGAGGCCAAGUUGUUUCCUUUUAGUGAAUAUGUGUUUUUUAGACAAACGUGGGUUUUAUUUUUUAGAAAUUACUUAGUCCAAAUGUUGACCGUUACGUCGGAAACAUUCUUGGAACCUGGCUUCGGUAUUUCUUUCCACUCGCUGGAGAAAUGCCCACGAAAUGCAAUUGAUUUCGCGAAUAAUAUUUUCCUUCACUUCAGAGAUUAUGAACGGACUUGUUUCGUACAGUUUUGAGAUACCUCCAGAGAAAAAAGUGCAUGGAGGUAAGACCAGGGGACCUGGGGAUGCCACUGAAACCGCUUAUCAAUUUGCUAGGGAAAAAAUCACAAAACAACGCCAUUACCAACACCGUCUAUGGAAAUUGCUUGCACUUGACAAUUUUCAAAAAAAUUGGGUCCAAUUAUUUCCCUGCUUGACAACGCACACCAAA